GACGAAAAGCACCAACCAGCAGGAGGAGGAGGAAAUAGGAAGUGAAAACAUCAGCCGUAUCUAAAGCGGAGAAGAGACCGAUAAAGCAGCACUGAAGCUUGGAACUCCGAACAUCAGCACUUUCAUGGUGGAAAAGUCUGCUCGCUUCAUCAGGGUUGAAUGAGAAGACCUGUCGCCGUGACAACGCCGCGCCGCCUCUACCAUGCCGCCGCCCUCCGACAUCGUCAAGGUGGCCAUCGAGUGGCCGGGGGCCUUCCCCAAGCUCAUGGAGAUAGACCAGAAAAAGCCUCUUUCUGCCAUUAUAAAGGAGGUGUGCGAAGGGUGGUCACUGGGGAACCAUGAAAACUUUGCUCUUCAAAAUGCCGAUUCUACAAACUUCUACAUCACAGAAAAGAAUCGCAACGACAUCAAAAAUGGUUCCAUUCUACGGUUGACCACAUCUCCUGCGCAGACGGCGCAGCAGCUGCACGAGCGGAUCCAGUCGUCCAGCAUGGACGCCAAGCUGGAGGCCCUCAAGGACCUGGCCAGCUCCUCCCGCGACGUGACCUUCGCCCAGGAGUUCAUCAACCUGGACGGCCUCUCCCUGCUCACCCAGAUGGUGGAGAGCGGAACGGAACGGUAUCAGAAACUUCAGAAGAUAAUGAAGCCAUGCUUCGGGGAUUUGUUGUCGUUCACGCUGACCGCGUUCGUGGAGCUCAUGGACCACGGCAUCGUCUCCUGGGACACGUUCUCCAUGGCCUUUAUCAAGAAGAUCGCGAGCUAUGUGAACAAACCUGCGAUGGACACAGCUGUGCUGCAGAGGUCUCUGGCUAUUCUGGAAUCCAUGGUGUUGAACAGCCAGGAUCUCUACCAGAAGGUGGCGCAAGAGAUCACAAUUGGCCAACUUAUACCGCAUCUCCAAGGGACCGAUCAGGACAUUCAGACGUACACCAUCGCCGUCAUUAACGCUCUGUUCCUGAAGGCCCCCGAGGAGAAGAGACAGCCGGGCCAGAACCGCGUGAGCAUCCUCGAUUGGCCCCUGACAGAGAUGGCCCACAUCCUGGCUCAGAAGGAGCUGCGGUCCAUCAUCCUCAGCAACGUCAUCCGGAGCACCAGGGCCAUUAACGAUGAGAUGGCCCAUCAGCUGUACGUGCUGCAGGUGUUGACCUUUAACCUGCUGGAGGACCGCAUGAUGACCAAGAUGGACCCCCAGGAUCAGGCCCAGAGGGACAUCAUAUUCGAACUGCGCAGGAUCGCGUUUGACGUCGAAUGCGAACCAAACAACAGCGGCAGCAUGGAGAAGAGAAAGUCCAUGUACACCAGGGACUACAAAAAGCUUGGAUUCAUAAACCACGUCAACCCUGCGGUGGACUUCACGCAGAUACCGCCGGGGAUGCUGGCCCUGGACAACAUGCUCUACUUCGCCAAGCACCACCAGGACGCCUACAUCCGGAUGGUUCUGGAAAACAGCAGUCGGGAGGACAAGCACGAGUGUCCGUUCGGGCGGAGCAGCAUCGAGCUGACCAAGAUGCUCUGCGAAAUCCUCAAAGUGGGCGAGCUGCCGAGCGAGAACUGCCACGAUUUCCACCCCAUGUUCUUCACCCACGACCGCUCCUUCGAGGAGUUCUUCUGCAUCUGCAUACAGCUGCUGAACAAGACCUGGAAGGAGAUGAGAGCCACGUCCGAGGACUUCAACAAGGUGAUGCAGGUGGUGAAGGAGCAGGUAAUGCGAGCCCUGAUUCAGAAGCCUAACUCUCUGGACCAGUUCAAAAGUCGCCUGCAGAACCUGAGCUACACCGAGAUCCUGAAGAUUCGUCAAUCCGAGAGGAUGAACCAGGAGGACUUCCAGUCCCGGCCCAUCCUGGAGCUGCGGGAGAAGAUUCAGCCGGAGAUCAUGGAGCUGAUCAAGCAGCAGAGGCUGAACCGCCUGUGCGAGGGAACCUGCUUCCGGAAGAUCAGCAGCCGAAGGCGCCAAGAUAAGUUCUGGUACUGCCGCCUGUCGCCCAAUCACAAAGUCCUGCACUACGGAGAUCUGGAGGAGAGCCCCCAGGGCGAAGUUCCCCACGACUCUCUGCAGGACAAGUUGCCGGUGGCUGACAUCAAAGCGGUGGUGACAGGGAAGGACUGCCCUCACAUGAAGGAGAAGGGAGCACUCAAGCAGAACAAGGAAGUGCUGGAGCUGGCGUUCUCCGUGCUCUACGAGUCGGACGAGUAUUUAAACUUCAUCGCCCCCGACAAGCACGAGUACUGUGUGUGGACAGACGGUCUUAACGCGCUCCUGGGAAAGGAGAUGACGAGCGAGUUCACCAAGAACGACCUGGACGUUCUUCUCACCAUGGAGAUGAAGCUCCGCCUCCUGGACCUCGAGAACAUUCAGAUUCCCGAGGCUCCGCCCCCCAUUCCCAAAGAGCCUAGCAACUAUGACUUUGUUUACGACUGCAACUAACUACCAACUGGACCAAUCGUUUCUUACUCAUACUGGAAAGAACUUUUGACGGUGAAAAAAGAGAGAGGGAAAAAAAAUAAGGAUCUGUCAAACUUUUUUGUUUUUCUUGCUAUACUUGCUAAACUUACUUUUUUAAGGUGUAUUUUAAUGUAUUUGCAGCACUUAAUGACUUGCCUGCGAGGCCUUCUUAACUUGUCAUGUCCCAUUGCCCACUGAUGUCUUGCAAGGCCAGUUAGCAAGAAGCCAAGAUGUGCUCAACGAUCAUGACACGCGCUUCGUCACGGCAACACUUAGGUAACCUGCUGAAGGAGGACCAAGACCAGACUAGUUCCACACGUCCUUUACGGUUUUGUUUUGAGUUUGCUGUAGAAUAUUUCUUUAUAGAAGUCAUUUUCCCCCGUUUUAUUUUAAUGUUGUUUUGUUUUUUUGGGUGGUUGUGUGAGAGGGGGUGGAUGCAGUAUCCUGUUAUUGUUUUCACACCUCCAGUUUUUAAUGUUUUUGCACUGUAGCGACAAACAUCUCAUAUUCUGACACGCGGCAGCUAUGUCUCCAUCAUGAAAGGAAAAAAAAUACACUCCAUUUUCAACGGUUUACUGAAACCUCACCCCUGCUCCACUUCCUGUAAACUGCUAAAUGAAGUGGACCCUCCUUGACCUGCCAAUAUCGCGCACUGAAGCCGCCUCUUGAUAUUUUGUUUAAUUAACGAAUUGCUUGAGCUUAGCUUUCACAACUUUCAAAAAUAGCCAUGCUGAUUCACCUGCAGUAUAUGCGUGUGAAUUCACCAACACUCCUCCCCCCACUCCUCCCCCCCAACCCAGCCUGAAAUCCAGUUGGGCUCCGUCAUGUUAGCUGUAAUAUUCCAAAGCAAUAUUUGGCUUGUAUCGUAAGCUGCUGUAUCUUUAGUAAUGUCUGUGAAGCUGCCAAGUAGUCAGUAUUACCACAUUGUUUGAGUGUUAAUUAAGGGAAGGUAUUUUUCUGAACUCUCCACCAAUCUGGAAACAAGUGUAAAUUUAAUUUAAAAAAAUAAACAUGGCUGUUACUUAUCUUACUGUUUACCCUUUUUGACCCACUCAAAUGUUUGUUCUCGGUUUAAAUGCCCUAAACCCUGCAGUUUACAUUGAAAAAAAAAAAAAGAAUAAAAUUAACCUUUGUUUUUGCA